AUGGCUUCAUCAAGCUUUUCACCAGCUGGACCUCAAGUCUUCAAUGGAGAAGGCUAUCACAUAUGGGUGGUCAAAAUGAAGACCUACCUGCAGGCAUACGAUCUGUGGGAGGUGGUCAACUCAGAUGUUGAACCAGAACCACUUAGAGGCAAUCCAACAGUGGCUCAGAUCAGGCAGCAUGCUGAUGAGAGGACCAAGAGGCACAAAGCCAUGUCUUGCAUCCAGAACUCAGUGUCUGAUGUGAUUUUCACAAGGAUUAUAGCAUGUGAAUCACCAAAACAGGCCUGGGACAAGUUGCAGGAAGAGUUUCAAGGGACAGAAAGGACAAGGCAGCAACAGUUGUUGAACUUGAGGAGAGAUUUCGAGAAUUUGAAGAUGAAGGAAGAAGAAACUAGCGCGUUCAAUGAAGCUAGGAUAGUGGAGAAGGUUAUAGCAACUCUGCCUGAGAGGUAUGAGGCAAAAAUCUCAUCUCUCGAGGACUCAAGGGAUCUGUCCAUCAUCUUCCUGACAGAGUUGAUCAAUGCUCUAUAUGCUCAAGAGCAGAGGAGAGCAAGCAGACUGGAGGAGCACCAAGAAGGUGCCCUUCAGGCAAGAACAAAUACUGCCUACAAAGGCAAGAAGGCCUGGAGAGACAAACCAAAGAAUGAUGCUGCAAGGAGAGAAGGUCAGACUUGCAAGCACUGCAGAAGGGUUGGUCAUCCAGAAGAAAAGUGCUGGUUUAAUCCAGAAGCUGUAUGUCAGUAUUGUAAGAAGAAGGGUCAUGUUGAGAGAGUCUGCAAGAGUAAGACCAAAUCGAGGUAG